UGACGCGUCGUUGGUGUAGCGCGAGCGCAGACUCCUUUUCACAUGUUCCUGAAAAAUCAACGGGAAGAAUUCAAUCGCAGCGGAAACGGGCGAAAGCACGAAGAAAGAGACACGGGUUGGAUGCUCCGGUGCGAUUCAUCCAUGGCGUGUUAGAAUAGGGCUUUUGGUUCGUCGGGAGAAUCGCUGGUCGCUUCUCUCAUUUUCGGCCAUUGGGAUCGAUCAAUUCGCACGUCCGAAGAGGCAAUUGUAUACUGAGUUAUCUCAAGAAUGGCUAGUGGUUUUGGGGAAUCCUCAAGCAGGGCGCCCCAAAGCCCUUCUUGCUCAAGCAACAAUAACAAUGAUGCUGGUAAUUUCGAAUGCAACAUCUGCUUGGACUUGGCUCAAGACCCUAUUGUGACUUUGUGUGGUCAUCUUUUCUGCUGGCCUUGCCUUUAUGAAUGGCUCCGUGUUCAUUCCCAAGCGCAAGAGUGCCCAGUUUGUAAAGCCCUCAUCGAGGAGGAGAAGUUGGUUCCGUUGUAUGGCCGUGGUAAAAGCUCGUCCGAUCCGAGAUCGAAGUCCGUUCCAGGUGUCAACAUCCCUCACCGCCCAGCAGGGCAGAGGCCUGAAACAGCUCCUCCUCCUCCUCCUGAACCGAAUCUUUUUCACCAGCAUGGUCUUGGGUUUAGGGGUGGCUUGGGUGGAUUUGGGCCCAUGGCAACUGCGAGAUUUGGGAACUUUACAUUGUCCGCAGCUUUUGGUGGUCUCUUCCCAUCAUCAUUGUUCAACUUUCAGCUCCAUGGGUUUCCCGAUGCCGCCAUGUAUGGUGCAUCCCCUGGAUUCCCGUUUGGAUAUCCCCAUACGUUUCAUGGUGGCCAUCACCACCACACACAUGCAUACCAUCAUCAUCCGAGAGGCCAUGGACAGCAAGAUGUUCACCUGAAGAUGUUGUUACUGGUUAUUGCUGUCUGUGUGGCUUUUGCACUCUUUCUGAAUUAGAAGCGAUCGUGCAACAGAAUGCUCAAGCUGCUAACCAAUUUCUAAGCUUUCCCUUUAUCUUGGAUAUGAACGUUUCUAGUGCUCUGGGGUUUAAGCCGUCUUCUCAUCAAGGAAAUUGUCUAUAAGUUAUGUCAGUGGUGUGAAAAACCUGUAUUUAGGAUUUUGUUCAGAUAAGAUUCAAUCCGUGUUCUUUGAGUCACUUUAUGGGAUUCGUCACCUGGUUUGAGACAUGAAAAAUGGAUCAAUAUGCCUUACUCUGAUGUCUUCAUCUUUCCGUACAUAUAUGUUGAACCCUAGAAUCAUUUUGCUGAGAUAACAGUAGCAUUUAUGCGAUGAUAA